AUGAAUCAUCACCGCCCAACUUUCUGUAAUUAUUGUCGAGAAAAGCUUUCUGGUCUUACCUGGCAUGGCUGGUCAUGUGAAACAUGUAAAAUGAAAGCGCACAAGAAGUGCAUGAACAGUAUUGUUGAAAAAUGUAAAUGGACGAUAGAAUGUACGGUACCAAGCCAUCUGCAAUACAUAAGUCCGGAAAAUUCAAUAGUAGCUCACCAGUGGGUUGAAGGUAAUCUUGCCAUGUCUUCGAAAUGCGUAGUAUGUGAAAAAGUUUGUGGAUCGGUUUUGAAAUUAGCGGAUUGGCGAUGUCUUUGGUGUGCCUGUUGUGUGCAUUCUUCUUGCUUACCGCAGCUGGGUCGCAGAUGCUCCCUGGGUGCAACUUCACUGUCCGUUAUUCCUCCUCUCGCCGUUAAAGAUGUGUCGCGAGAUGGUGUUGCGAUGAUUCGGCCAGAUGCUAUAGGUGGAGAAUGUGGUGGUGGAUCUCCCUUACUUGUUCUAGUCAAUUCAAAAUCCGGCGAUAAUCAAGGUCAGCGAAUGAUUCGAAAGUUCAAGCGUUUGCUGAACCCGCUACAGGUGUUUGACAUCAUUUCAACAGGGCCUGAUUUUGCCCUAUCUUUUUUCGACGCUCUUGACUCCUUUCGAGUACUCGUUUGUGGAGGAGAUGGAACAGUUGGUUGGGUUCUAGGAGCUUUCGACCGUCUAGGCCUCCACAAUAAGUGCCAACUUGCAAUUCUUCCUCUUGGCACCGGGAAUGAUUUGGCUCGAGUAUUGGGAUGGGGACAUGCGUUUUAUGAUGAUACUCAACUGCCUCAACUCUUGAGAACGUUUGAACGAGCUCACACUCGUAUGCUGGAUCGUUGGAGCGUAUUGUCGAUAGAGGGGCCGCAAGCGAUUGCUGUAUGGCAGUACGAGGAGACAAUAACGAAGAAAUUGUGCGCUGUAAUGGACGCUGACGAUCCUGGCGAUGUUUUUCGAGCAGUGAAGUCAUUAUGUGAAACAGUACGUGGUUUAAUGGAACAAAUCGCAACCACAUUUACAAAAGUUGAACAGUGGGAGAGAGAGGCCGGUCGUCUUCCAAGUGAUCCUAUCACGGAAAAGUGUUCUACUCUUCUGCAAAAGCUGGAUGUUUUGAUGCAAUCUUUGAGUUCUGAAGAGGAAAAAGUAGAAGAAAGUGGAUUCGAACCCGAAGACGACGAACAACGUAAUAUUGUUUUCGUAAGUUUGUUUCUUAUCCCUUUUGCUGCAGGUACCGCCAGUGAAGAGCGGCAAAGGCGUGAUUCAUUAGUCGGUAGGGCGAAUAGUCUGAAGAAAGCACUGAAGGACAUCAUGAACAUUGCGGAACGUGGAAUUGACCAGCACAAUCGCGCAAGUGGUGCAGCAGCGAAGCGUGAUCGAUUCCGCAAGAAACGGAGCAAGACAACGCCAUCUGUGCUAAAAGUUUCUUCUUCAAAUCUCAGCUCGUCGUCGGCGUGUAGUCCUCCGGCUAGCCCAUCUCCUCUCCCAACUCGACCACAGCUAUGCGAUUACCUCACUGUGAGAGAUGCGGGCAGUCAACAGAGUCAAACGAGUGGAAUUGGAUUCUCUCCAUCUCAAUCAUCAAAUCCUGGAGUUUCAAUGUUCGAAGUUGGAGAAACCGGUCAAGAAACAUCAUCUUCACUACCGAACGGAUGCAGUGAUGAAACAGAAAGUGACGUGAAAGAUGGCAACGAUCAAGCGUUUGGUAUGAGUAUCGGAAGUGUGGUGCCACCUACACCUAGUGAAACAAGGGAACCAUCAACGACCGGUGAAACAGAUCGGCCUUGCGUUGGUGACGAUAAGGAUGAGCGUCACGAUCGUUUGUUCAAGCCGCAUUCAGACUGCGAGUUAUAUUAUGGAGAAGUUUCAACAGAUAUGAAGCUAAGUCACUCAGACAGUAGUAUUUACGUCAUGAAAGUAGGUCGUAACACAGAAGGCUCUUCUGGCUCAAGGGUUCACGACGGAUCGUACGCUCGUGCACGAUUGAAAGACUCGAAGAAAAUGGACUCGUUACCUGCCAUAAAGAGGGGAAUAUUGAACACAAGUCUGGCGGGUGGGUCUCUCAUCGCAGAAGUGCUUCUUCUAAAUGCCCGUGUACUCGGUUUGGGGGAUAUGAGCAGCUCAAAAGAGUGUCACACACCUUUGGAGCAGUAUCGUGAGCUGAAAGUUAUGAACAAUUAUUUUGGUAUUGGUCUCGAUGCAAAGAUUGCUCUGGAAUUUCACAAUAAACGCGAGGAAUCCGAAAAAACUCGUAGUCGUUCCCGUCUUUUCAUGUGGUACGGUAUACUUGGAGGUAAAGAACUUAUGCAUAGAACGUAUCGUAAUUUGGAUCAACGAAUACGACUGGAAUGCGACGGAGUACGCAUUGAGUUACCCUCUUUACAAGGUAUUGUGAUCCUGAAUAUCCCAUCUUACUCUGGAGGAGCCAAUUUUUGGGGAAGUUCCAAAGACGAAAUAUUCUCCGCACAAAGUUUUGAUGAUCGUCUUUUGGAGGUUGUGGCCCUCUUCGGCGUUAUACACGUUGCCACAAGCCGUGUUCCCAAUGUUGUACGUUUGCAAAAUCAUCGCAUUGCUCAGUGCCGUCACAUUCGUAUAGUAAUUAUGGGGAACGAUCCGAUCCCUGUGCAGGUUGAUGGUGAGCCAUGGCUUCAGCCACCAGGCAUCAUGCAGAUUGUACAUAAGAAUCGCGCACAGCUCCUUGUUAGAAAUCCUGCGUUCGACGCGGCGCUGAAGAAGUGGGAAGAGCAAAAGGAGCGGACAACUGCACCUUCAACGCCUACUUCUGUAUCUACAUCUUUGCUGGCAGCUCCCAAUGAAGACCUGUCAUUUGUUCGUCGUGCUGCCGAGUUCGUACAAUUGGUGGAGAGCGAAAUAGCCCAAUUGGGAGUGAGUAGCGGAUUUCUCGAAGCUUUGGAAGCUGCAGCCGUUUCUGUGCGUGCUGCCGAAGAAGAGGUUAGUCCGAGGUAUUCUAUGUCGCUGAAAAGUCCUUCAAAACUCCUCUCUGAAGGACAUCGGCAGUGGCUCUAUUGA